AUGGCAACAGAAGCAAGCCAAGAAUUAAAAUUACUUUUUACUCUAUUUGAUGUUGAUAACAGUGGAACACUAACAAGAGCAGAACUUAAAGAAUUACUUCAAUCACCUGAUCCUGAUGGUCCUUCAGUUUCAGAAAAAGAAGUUGAUGAAUAUCUAAAACUUGCUGAUACUGAUAAUAGUGGUGAUAUUUCUAUGGAUGAAUUUGUAGCUUUUAUAAAUAAUAAUGUUCCACAAGGUACAUAUGGUUUAAAAAGUAUAUUUCGAACAAUUGAUACAAGUGGUGAUGGUGUUGUUGAAAAAGAUGAAUUUGAACAGGUGAAAAAAACUAAAACAAAUUUGAAUCAAAAUUUAAUUAAUAUAUUCGAGAAAAAAUUUCAAAACAAUGAAACCAGUGAAAUUACCUAUGAACAAUUUGUCGAAGGUGCCAAUGAAUAUUACAAUAGUCUCAAUAAAAAUUGA